AUGACCUAUCAAUUCCUCCCCGAAACAACCUCCCUUCUGACGCCCGACACGGUGCCUAUCUUCCCUCUCGUAUUCACAGCCGUCUGCGUGAUCCCCGCCCUCGUCAUAGGUGUAUCCACUUUAUGGUACGGCACCGAGACCUCGGCGCACUCGUGCUUCAUGACGGGACUCCGGUUCUUCGCCAUCGGCUUCGCGUACAUGAUCAUCGGCGUCUUCUCCGUCCCGAUCUUGGGCCUGCACUAUGUCGACAACUCUAUGACUCGCGAGAGAGAAUUGGUGGAGGAGGAGGACGAGACUGAGGUUCAGGGAUUGGGUUUGGAGAUCGAGAGUGUGGUUGAGAUGGAUGGCGGAAAUGUUACGGCGGGCAUGUGGGAGCGACGAACUUCCGUGGCGCUGAGCGAUGCGAGUCAGCCGGAUCUGGACGAUAUUCAACCCGAUGUCUUCGAUACGGGCGAGGUCAAGAAGAACGAGGAAACGGGCUGGAACGAGGUGUGGUAGAUGGCGUGGGAUGGAAGUGGGAGGACAUGGAGAGUGUCAACUAUUCCAUGUAACCGCUGAAACGACACAGAACGUCGGGGAUCCCAUCGCUCAGCAUCUAAAAAGCACAAGACGACUCUUCCACGUCUGGCUAUUAGCAACACAGCAAGUAACAUUGAACCACACGGGUACGAACGAAACACGACGUUAUGACAUCGGGGUACUCUUCGACAUCGCACAUUGAGGAUAUUCAGCAUUAGUUCUCGAAAGUAUGGUUACAAUUCGUCUUUCGUUUAUCGAUAUCUUCUUAUGGGGGAGGAACUCGCAUAUGGGUGUUUUAUUCCGAGUUUCACGAAACUACUUGCAUCAGUACAAUGAAGAUACCUAGGUAGUUGCUACCAAUAUACGAC